GGGCGUGGCUACGGAAUUCAGCCCGCCUUUCCCGGAAGAGCUUUUUGCCUUCCAAUUGGCUGCGACUAGCAGUGGCUUCGCGCCCACUGGCUGCUGCUGCCUAAGCUUCGGCGGGCGGGGAAGCUGAGCGAGAGCUCCGGGGAGUCGGUACCAGCCCGGCGCGACUGAACUCCGGACCGCUCCUCGCUCCACCUUCGGUCGCUGAAAAACAGAUGGAAGGCCUGCCUGAUGCAGCUGUUUUGGCGACUAGACUUAAAAACACUCUCCUCCAAUACCAUAGCAUUGAAGAUGAUAAGUGGCGAGUUGCUAAGAAAAUGAAAGAUGUAACAAUUUGGAGGAAGCCUUCAGAAGAAUUCAAUGGACAUCUCUUCAAAGCCCAAGGUGUUAUAGAUGAUGUUGUCAAUAAUGUAAUAGACCAUAUACGACCAGGUCCCUGUCGCUUGGAUUGGGACAGCUUAAUGACCUCGAUGGAUAUUUUAGAGCACUUUGAAGAGAAUUGCUGUGUGAUGCGUUACACUACUGCUGGUCAGCUUUGGAAUAUAAUUUCCCCAAGAGAGUUUGUUGACUUCUCCUAUACUGUGGGCUAUGAAGAAGGGCUUUUAUCCUGUGGGAUAAGUCUUGACUGGAGUGAAAAGAGGUCAGAAUUUGUUCGUGGAUAUAACCAUCCCUGUGGUUGGUUUUGUGUUCCUCUUAAAGACAAUCCUAACCGGAGUCUUUUGACUGGCUAUAUUCAGACGGAUCUGCGUGGAAUGAUACCCCAGUCUGCAGUAGAUACAGCCAUGGCAAGCACUUUAAUCAACUUCUAUGGAGAUUUACAAAAAGCCUUACAGAAGACAUAAUAUGUUUAAACUUAUGAUUUUAUGUCCUCUGAAUCAACUCUGUCUCAGCUGUAUGGCCUGUAAAAAUCAUCCUUUCCUCUUCUACAUAGCCUGUAGAAAAAUUUGAAAUUUUUUGGUUUAUUUUAUUCCUAAAGUAAAUAGCCAUCUAAGAGGGGCAUUUCAGUUUUUCUAGACAGUUACAUGCACACUGUUUGGUAUGACAUUGUGUCUAGGAAUGGAGAGUAUGACAGAAAUCCACCAAGAAGUAGAUAAAGAGUUUUUUGACCCAAACUCGAGUAGUGCCUCAGUAUGAAUAUAUUGGCUGCUUAGAAAUGAGAGAAAGCCAAGCUUCAUGCUGAUAGGGUAAAAAUCACCUGUUUUAUAGCUUUAUGAACAUUCUGUAAAAGUUUUCUAGUUUUUUGGAAGUUAAAUAUUAAUGUUUUACUUUCAGUAUGCUCUAUCAGUUUAACAGUAUCUUGGACCAAAAGAAAAAAGCUUUUCUCUAUACUUCAUAAAAAUGAACUUCAUUGUCAAUUGACUUGUAUUACUUUAAGUAUUUCAGGUCAGAAAUAAGAAAGGAAUAGAUAUCAUAGUAAAAUGCAGUUCAGUUUUGAUACCUAGAUAGCAUUAUUUUGUAGAUAUCUUUAAAAAUGUAUUUAUAUCUUUAUGUGCAUUUACUUUGAGAGUCUUAAAAACAUUUAUGCAUGAAUAAGUGCAUAAAACUGCCAGAUGUGUGCUGGGACACCAUAUUGACUGGGCAGUAUUAUAGGUAGUGUGAAAUGGGUGGUGGAAUCCAUUACUGACCAAUAGAGAAUUAUCUUUCUAAAAAGUCAAAUUCAGUGAAUGUUUUGUACGUUUCAGUCUUAAGUGUCACUCAGCUCAUAAAGAAUUACUAUGUUGUAAUCAUUCACAGUUGUGAUGUAACUUUACUCUAGAACUGUAACAAAUGCAUUCAUAAAUUUAUCCAAAUGCCUAGAUGGGUCAUUUUAUAACUAUAGAGUGGACUGUAUAUGAUAUGUCCCUUGAUUCUGUGGCUGCCUUAAAUGAACAUUCCUUAAUGAUUUUAACAUUCCACAUGAUAUUUGGCUUUUGAACUAUCUAGCUGGUUUACACCUAAGAUGAGAACUUGAGGGAACUCAAGUGUGUCCUUUCAAAUUUUUGUCUGUAUUUAUGAUUGUGUACAUGCACACAUCUUGAAAUCUAUUCUAGUGUUGAGUGUGAGUUAUUUACGAGUUAUUACUGUUCCUACUGUUUUCUUUCUUCCUUCCUUUCUUUCUCCCCCUCCCUCCUCCCCCGGCUCCUUCCUUCCUUCCCUUCUUUCUUUUUUGGUUAUAUAGGGUAAAGUGAACUCUGGAAAUACUAUUUGCUAGAUAGACCACAGAAAGCACAAAAGCAUAUUGUGGUUUAUUUGUAUGAAGGCUUCAUCUGUGUUUUACUUUACUGUGUUUUCCUGAGUGUAAAGGAAGCAUAAGUCAUAGUUCUUCAGAUCUAUUUUGAUAAAGUAGAAAAAGUAGAGCUGACAUAUUUUUAUUUUGGGGCUAUUGGAGAUGAGAUACAAAAAACCAAAUAAUAUCCACAGUGAAUAAUCUCACAGUUUUGAGACUGAAAAUAAUUUGUUUCAAGGUAUGACGGAAGCAAUGUACAAAUGAUCCAAUAUUCUUAACUUGAAAUUUACUUAUCACCAAUGUUUUUCCAAAUCAACUAUAAUUUUUGAGUUGCUAUAUUUCUUUGCUACUUUUUUUUCUUGCAAUGGGAAGGAGAAUUGAGAAAUUUAACUUUCAGUUUCCCAUGGAAAUUGUUAAAUUUAAUUUUGACUUAAUCUAUUAUCUUUUAUUUGGUUUUAUUAGCGUAGAGUAGGCGGUUUCUUAUAUUCCAGUGUUCUGUCUAGGAUGGCAGAAUACCAAUAACAGGGUGCCCAGAUUGGGUAAGUGUGCAACAAGGUAUACGUUAUUAUAAGGGCUACUAUUGUCUGAGCUGGGUGCCCUGAAAGGCAAAUAAACUGUCCCUCUCAGCUACUCCAUGUUCUCUUUGCUUUUUUAAAAUGAUACCUCCUACUAGUGAUUAUAUAAUCCACUGUUAAAUGAGGACCAUUGCAGGUAACAGAAUCCUCAUGGAAAAAUGUUCAUUGCAAUAUUGAGCCAUAUAAUGGAUUAAAUUUGAAUUACUUGAAAUUUAUAUGCAGCUUCUAGACGGCACUUUAGAUCUGCUAAGCUCUAGCUUUGUUCUUUUUUAAAAAAACAAAACAAGAAACACAGCUUUAUGGAGGUAUAAUUUCCAUGCUAUUACUACUAGUUGUAAGUGUACAUUCAGUGAUUUUGAAUACCUUGAUAGUUGUGCAGGCAUCACCACAGUCCAGUUUUAGAAUAUUUCUAUCACCCAAAAAGAUCCCUUUUGCCUGUUUGCUAAUUCAUAAAUAACCGAAGUUUAGCACAAGUGCUAGUAUGAAGAAGAUAAUGAAAAAGAUUAUAGCAGGUUUUGUUUGACUUUGUUUUUCAAGAGUAGAAGUGUAUUUGAUUCUAAACUCAGGAACCUUGUGAUAAUGUAUUAAAUAUGUUAUCUCAAAUAGCAUAAUGAUACAAAAUUUUGGUUGGGAUUAAUAUUAACAUAUAAAAGUCUAUUGUUUCUGUAGCAGUGCUGUAGAACAAAAAAGUAAUAUGAGCCAUAUAUGUAAUUUAAAAUUUUCUGGAAACCACAUUAGAAAAUAAAAAGAAACAGCUUAAGAUAAUUUUAAUAACAGAGUUCAUUUAACUGUCUAUAUUCAAAAUAUUAUCAUUUCAACGUGUAAUCAGUGUAAAAAUCUUUAGGAUAGCUUCCAUUCUUCUUUUAAAUUAAUUUUUUGACCUCUGGUGUAUUUUUUACUAAUUUGGGCUAGCUAUAGAUCAAGUGUGCAUUAUCCACAUGAGGCUAAUAGCCUCUAGUGAGCAGCACAGUUCUGUAUGUAUUAAUUUGUCUCUAUAAUAUGAAGUAGAGAAUUCCGUAGAAGUACUUUCUUCUUCAAAAUCUUUUCUGGUCUCUGAAGCCUCCAGUCCUUGCUAAAGGGGACUUCUUAAUAUCAGCAAUAAACCAGUUAGUAAUUGUCAAUAAAAAUUAUGGCCAAAAAUUACUUUCCUUUAAAGAUAAUUAACUUUUCAUAAGGCAGCUGAUGAAAUGAAAGAAUAUAAUCUUCUUUGGAGUUGUGUGGUUUAUUAUUUUCCCUAGCUUAUAGCUAGUUUGUAUUAGAAACAUGUAUAUGCAGGAAAUAUUUGGCAUAGUACUAUUUUCAGUACAUGAUACCUAUUUUUUUAAGGAAAUUAGUUUCAUACAAUAAAAAGUAAUUUAUCAUAAGUGAUACUUUUGCAUGAAAUGUUAGUAUGUGUUGAUUAUCCUUGAAGUUUAACACAAUACUGAGCAAAAAUAAUUAUGAGAAUGUAGUGUUCUACAGUUAUGUACAAUAUAAACUGUUAGAAUAUUAAAGACAGAUUGUAAAUUUUAAAAAUAUCUUCAUUUCACUCUUUACUGAGGUUGGAUAUAUAUGAAUAGAGAUUUCUGUAUGUAAAAUUAUCUCCCAAUUAAAAAAAAAAAGUCCUUUCUUUCCUCCCUCUUUCUUGCCUAACUGAAGGACAUUUUCUCAGGUAUUAGUUUGAAUUAAAUUAACAUCUCAGUCUAAAAACUGUAACUGAGGUUGCCUCUGGAGAAGAUAGUACAAUUUAAGCCCUGCAGGUCUGUUGAACUUUCAGGUAUGAGUAAUUCCCUUUGUUGUAGAUAAAAGCAUUACCUGUUUACUUAAGAGCACUGUAGGAUCCUUACAAUCAGUUGUUCAAAUCCAGUUUCUUUUAAUUAAGUGGAUCCUGUAGCUAUCCCAACCCAAUGCAUAAAUUAGCAGAGAAGCUAGCAUACCUGAGAAGCUAGCAUACCUGACCAGGUUUCCAUUAGACCCUGUGUUGCAUAAUUAUUUGUCCAGUCUAUCUCUCAUGCCUUUCUUAUUCAACUUCUAGAAGUAGGAGAUGGUGGAAUCUAAGCACUGAAGAAACAUUACAUUAAUCCCAGAACACAGGAAGUUGGAAUUACAGUUGCUUUGUUGUUUUGUUGUUUCCACAGAUUUUACAUGUAUGGUUAAAUAAAAAUUCAUCUCCUGCUAGUCAAUAAAACCUAGACUAUAUAUAUAGAUUUUAUUUUUAAGUUUAUAAUUCUCUUAUUAGCCAGUAUGUAAAUCUGGAAUCUUUAUGAAACUAAGAGCAUGUAUUAAUAUAAAUAAAAUGUGUAUUUAUUUUAAAAUUGCUAUGAAAUAUAUCAAUAAAAUUUCUAGACACUCUUGUAAUUAUUGAUACUAUCUGUAUAAGUUGCUUUCACCUUAUCUGAAUUUAAAGUAUGUAAUUUACCUUUCUGGACUUCUACUAAAGAAAAAUAUAAACUGGAAAAUUAAGAUUAAUAAUGCAUGUGCUAAUCUCCUGCCAAUGUCUCAUAUAAUAUUAGCCACAACACUACUGAAUUUUGAUUUGCUAUUAUAAAGCAAGGAUGAUGACAUACUCUACUCUUCUACCCUUACUACAGUAACAUAUGGGUAAGGUUUAUUGUACAUAUUUUUAAAUAAUUGUAUUAACUUGAUUAGCAUUUGUGGUGAUGAUUUAAUUUGGAGUUGAAAAAGGCUGGAAGUGAUUACAAAGAAAUUGUUAAUCUAUGUUAUAAGAAAGGAGUUACAGAUGCUGUGGGGAAUAUGCAAUAGAAUCUAAAUAUGACUAUUAAAAAGA